AUGGAUUUCUACAAGGGGAACUUUGCGGCAUUCGCCUUGCUGAAUGCUGUUUUGGCAUUUAGAGAAUAUCGACAAGUGGAUGCUCAGCAGGAGAAGGACGAUGAAUCGAAAGCAGAGGCCGAGGGUAAACGGGUGGUCUUGGACAAAUUCAAGUGGAACUUCAUCCCGAUAUAUUUACUGGUCAAUGGCGCAGAUUGGCUUCAGGGGCCAUACAUCUAUCCAUUAUACAAAGAUGAAAAGGGCCUUGUCGAAGAAGUGGUCGCGGCGCUUUUCAUGACUGGGUUUUUGGCAGGGGCUGUAUCAGCAUCGUUCACAGGAAAUUUGGCAGAUCGCUAUGGACGACGACUUGCAUGCCUGGUCUUUUGCGUGAUCUAUUCGCUAUCAUGCCUUGCCCUCUUGAGCGACGAUAUUGUGAUCCUAUUUAUCGGCCGCAUGCUUGGAGGUGUGAGCACGACACUGAUGUACAGUGUUUUCGAGAGCUGGAUGGUGACGGAGUUCAACAAGCAGUUCCCGGACGAGCCUGGAUCCACGUUGAGCGGUAUCUUCAGCAUCAUGACGACUUUAAACACUGUGGUUGCAAUUAUUGCUGGAGUUUUAGCAGAAUGGGUCACCGAUUUUACAGGGACUGAAAAGGCGCCGUUCAUGACAGCUGUGGCAUGUCUAAUGCUUGCUUUUGCUGCCAUUAACAGUCGAUGGUCGGAGAAUUUUGGCGACAAAGCAGAGCAGACUUCGGUUUUGGACAUUGAGGGGAAUGGCACAGCUCCCAAGAGUACACUGCGUUUGUUCAUUGAGGACAAGCGACUACUUGCCCUUGGUGUCACGGCCAGCAUCUUUGAAGGCUCGAUGUACAUCUUCAUAUUCUUCAAGUUUCCAGCCUUAAAAUUAGCACACAAGUUAUCUGGCUUGACUGAUGGCCUCCCAUUCGGACUCAUUUUCGCUAUUCUCAUGUGCUCCAUGAUGCUUGGAUCCCUCCUAUACAAGUAUAUCAUGACGCACUAUCCUCACGUAACUCCCACUCGACUACUCAUCUGCACCCUCUCGGUUGCUGCGGCCAGCUUUUUCAUCCCUGUCCUCUGGAGAGACGAACGAGUCACCAUGUGGUGUUUCUGCGUCUUUGAAAUCUGCUGCGGUGUUUAUUUCCCUUUGAUGGCGUACCAAAAGGGGAAGAUCGUUGAAGAUGGUGUUCGGGCGAAUGUGUAUGGAUUGAUGAGGAUACCAUUGAACGUAUUUGUUGUUUUGGUGUUAAGUACUACGAAAGAAGGCGUUCGGCAUAGAGAUCUGGUGUUCACAUCAUGCAGCGCCUUGUUGUUGGCUGCCGUUGCGGUCAAUGGAAUGUUGCAGUAG